AUGGCUGCAAGGAAGAUCAAUUUUCACGUCUUACUACUCUCGUUCUUACUCAUCUUCAAAGUCCCUUCGAUUCUUGGGUUGAGUAUUAGAGGCACUACUAUAUCGGAUCCGAAAGCAAUUCACGGGCACGGCGGAGACUUCCCGGUGAUAAAGAGCAGAAAAUUGUUGGUUACAAACUUGGAAGUUGAUUAUUCAGGUGAUUAUACUGAUGGAGAAUCAUCGUCGUCAUCAUCAACACCAGCAUCACCAGUACCUGAUUAUGAUGAUAUAUAUAGAAGACAAGGUGAUGUUCCAAGCCCCGGUAUUGGUCAUUGA